AUGGAUCACAGAAACAAGACCGUAGUCACUGAAUUCAUUCUGCUGGGGUUUCAGAAUGAGAAAGAUGUAGAAAUUAUCCUAUUUGCUGUAUUUCUGCUUAUGUACAUGACAUCCAUGAUUGGCAACACCACAAUCAUCGUUUUGGUGUGUUGUGACUACCAUCUGCACUCUCCCAUGUAUUUCUUUGUAGCCAACCUUUCCUUCCUUGAGAUCACCAUCACCUCUGCAGUGGUGCCUAAGAUGCUGGCCGACACAUUUUCCCGCACCAAAGCAAUAUCCUUUGUGGGGUGUCUCACACAGUCAUUCUUCUACUUCCUCCUGGGAGCCACAGAAUUCUUCAUCCUGGCCGUCAUGUCCUUUGAUCGAUACGUUGCCAUCUGCAACCCACUGAGGUAUGCCAUCAUCAUGAACAAACAGACAUGCAUAAUGCUGCUUCUGGGAUCUUACGUCGGUGCGUUUUUGUCAGUUUUGGUACCAUCAAUCUUGACUGCACCUCUGCCCUUUUGUGGGCCAAACAUAAUCAAUCACUUCUUCUGUGACAGUGCCCCUGUCCUAGGGCUGGUCUGUGCAGACAUCUCUCUGCCUGAGCUGGCUGACUUUAUUUCCUCUGCCGUGUUGCUCUUGGGUUCCUUGUUCCUGACAGGAGUGUCUUACACCUACAUUAUCCUUACUAUCCUUAGAAUUCCCUCUGUCCAGGGACGACAGAAGGCUUUCUCCACCUGUGUGUCACAUAUCACCGUGGUUAUACUUUAUUAUGGGAGCUCCAUCUUUAUUUAUGUCCGCCCCAAAAAGGGCAAUGUGAUGGAUGUUAACAAAUUUGCCACAGUGCUGAACACUGUUGUGACACCAAUGCUGAACCCUUUCAUAUACAGCCUCCGAAAUGAGAAAGUCAAAGAAUCUCUCAGAGAUGGCUUCAAUAAAUAUGUGGGCAGGCUAAAAAUUUUAAGAUCUCAAAAAUAA